AUGGGCGCAAAUUCAAACGACAAGCUGACAGCACCAGAAUUAGAGAAAGAACUUUCAAAGAUGAAGAUUCAACCAGCCACCACAGACACAUCAGAUGAUGACUCUGAUUUUGUCCCAGUAGGUUUCGAUUACGAUGGGUUUAAUACACUAGCAGCAGGAAUUCACCACUUAGAGAAGCCAGAAACCACAGGACAAGCACAAGCAGACACACUUUCCUACGAGAUGCUUCUGGCUCGUAUUGAGAAAUACUUGAAACCAUCAGACAUAGAGAUAGAAAGUAAGACAAAAAUACCUAUAUCCAUAAGAAGAGACGGAGCCACUAAGACAUCCAUUAAUAUAACAGAAAUAUGCAGGGUUAUAUGCAGGGAUGUAUCUCACCUUAGACAAUUCAUUGAAGUAGAACUGUCAGUUAAUUGCUCAAUAGACGGGGAAGAAAGACUUGUUAUUAAGGGAAUAUUCCCAGAAGCACAAUUACAGAAGGUAAUCCGGAACUACAUCAAGCAAUAUGUUUCAUGUGGAGUAUGUGGUUCAUUAGAGACACUUUUGCAGAAAGAAGAUAAACUUCUUUUUAAGAAUUGCACGGCCUGCAAUGCAACACAAUCAGUUAAUGCGAUACAACAGGGUUAUAAGGCCCUUACAACAAAGAGAUCUGUUCUAAGGCGGAAGGCAGCAGAAUAA